GGUAGCUACUAGUUGUUGUGCAUUUAGAGUGCGAGUCUGAAAUCAGUAUCCCUGAGAGCAGGAGGAAUUAGACGGAGACACACAGGCAGCAAACACAACCUUCGUCAUCAUGUUGAUCCUUCUCGCUGGUAUCUUUGGCAUUCACAUCAUAGGCAUCAUCAUCCUCCUGGUGGCCACCAUUGACAAUGCUUGGUGGAUGACUGACGUAAUAUCCACUGAUGUGUGGGCUCGGUGGAUUCAGACGAGCGGGGUGUGGAACCUCACAGAUCUUCCCACAGGUUCACACUACCCACAGGAUUACCUCCAGGCGGUGCAGGCCAGCUCGGUUCUCGCCUGUAUUUUCUCCAUCAUUGGAAUCUUUGUGUUUGUGGCUCAGCUGUUCACUCUGGAGAAAGGACAGAGGUUCACCAUCUCCGGCGCCUUCCAGCUCCUCGCCUGUCUUUGCAUCAUGAUCGCAGCCGCCAUCUACACCGAUCGUUUCCACCUGGACGAGCAGAACGGCUGGUACGGUCACUGCUUCAUCUUGGCGUGGAUCGCCUUCGCCCUCACCUUCAUCUCCUCCAUCAUUUACUUCGUGUUACGCAAGAAGACGGCGUGAGAAGGACACUAGAAGCUUUUCCCUGACCGACCCCCAAAAAACCCUCAGCUGGACAUACCCUUGCUGCUGAAAUCUGAUUUAUUUUUUGUCACAGAUGAUGUAAUAUUUGACAUCAGAUUCAAGCUGCUAGUGUAUAUUUAGCUCAAGAUAAACCUGUUAAUUCUCUCAAAUACUAUCAUUGUUUAAUUGAGUUUGCUGUCAGGUGUUUUCGUAGUAAAAGGCAAACUCAGGUAAAUAACGGCUGUAUUUGAGACCGUUUUCUACCCAGAUUUCGGGCUGGAUUUCUACAGAUUAAGACUUUUCUUGUUGUUAACUGAAUGUGCCUUAGGAUAUAAGACGCCAUGAUAAAUGAAGAUCUAUCAUUAUUUCUAGCAGGUUGAAUAAUAAAAUCUGUGGUAUUUUUUGUUUGUUUUGUAAAUUUAUAUUAGAUAAAAAGGGGCGAGUUUAUUCUUAGUUUUUUUUGUUAUUUUAUUUUUCUAUUUUAUUUUCUGCUCUGGUCUUACUUUAUAUAAUGUGCCACGAGGUAAACAGAGUGUCCAAAUGUGGUAAAAAAAUCCAUUCCUCUGUGGCAGAUGUAUUUGUAAUCUAAUGAUAAGACUGUAUGAUUAUAUAUAAGAUCAAAUCUGUAAUUAUUUGGGAUUACAAAGACACAAAACUGGUUUAAAAAUGCAAGUGUAAUGCCAAAAUCAAAUAUUAACUCUUACACUACAUUAUUGUAUUCACAGUUAGUUUAAAAAGAAAAAGGAGUUUCUCAAUUUCCACUAACCUAGUAUGUAUGAAACUUGCCAUUUUCCAUAAAUCCACAAAUUAAAAAUAUUUUCUGACUGUUAAUCCAACCAUUUGGGGUAAUAUCUGCUCUGUUUUCCCCAAAUGCAACUGCCUUAAAGCGUGAGAUAUGAUGUGUAAAUAUGUUUCCCAUAAUGCUCUGUAUGUCUAAGGCUGUUUUAUUUUUGCUACUGUUAUUUUUCAUCAUCGAUGACAAUAACAAUGAUUUUUACACUAUUAAACUUGAUUUCCGACCAAU